GCCAUGGCGAAAGAGGGGGUGUAGCUGCUCCCUCAUGGAAGCUAGCAAAAUGGAAACAAACACAAGAGACUACACAAGAGUCAGUACUGCUUCUUCUCUGGUUCCUUUUGAAAGGCUACCCAACCUCCCCAAUCCAGUCAUCCCACACAUAGACCUGGGGAUAGCUCACGUGGAUGUGGACUAUCUGGCCCUAGUACUGGCUGAAGAAGACAGUAUCAGCUCUAGAAAGAGAGUUGGAUUCUGUCUGGCUGACAACUGCACUCAAACAGAAAGAUCGGAUAUUAUCAGCUUGAAGGAAACCACUGCCUUCAUUAAUGCACUAGUUCAGGAUGUAGUUGAGUUGCGUCAGGACCUAACCUCCGCCCAGCACAUGCUCAGGGCUGACUAUGAGAGCAGGCUAGAUGAGAGAGCCACUCAACUACACGGAUAUUUCAGUGCCCUGUGUGUCCAGACGGAGAGGAGACACAGUGACCAGGUGGAGGUGGUGAGGAAGAGCUACAGAACACAACUCAAUAAUGCCAUACAGAAGAUUGCCGGAGAGUAUCAGGCGUAUUACGAUGAACUGCUGCAAGGGAAGACUGGGCGCACUGAUUCCAAGAUUAGGGAACUCAGACAAAAAAUAGAGGUCCAGGUGUUACAACUGGAGCAAAGUGCAGAGACAAUUGCUGACCUCACUCAGAAAGUUGUGCAGUACGAUGAAGACUUAGGAAAGAAAAAGCUUGAGGCCACACCCCCUGCCCUACCCCCUGGUAUCUCGUUGGAGGAGGAGGCAGAGCUUCGUGCGGACAUGGAGCGGUUGGAAGAGGAUCUGACAGAGACAAUGGCUGAGCUGGCAGCCAGUCAGGACACCACCAAGACACUCACCCACCAGCUGAACAGUGCUACUAAACAACUGGAAGAUGAGAGGUCAAAGGUCAACCAGCUAAAGAAAGAUUCGGAGGCACAAAAGAAAAAAGCAAAGAAAGAAAUGGAGAAAGCAAUCAGAAUGGCUGAGAACCAGAGAGCAUCGUUGGAAAAGGAAUGGCGGGAAAAGGCUGAGUCAGCUGAAAAAGAGGCGGCACACAAGGCACAAGAAGAAGCAGAGCUCCAACGCGUACGGGAGCAAUCCAAGUUUCAAGAAGAGUUGAAUCGUCGGCAACACUUGGAGGAUGAGCUGAGAGCCAACCAACAGCGGCCGCCCACUCCUAUUGACACAGGGGACACGGGGAAUCAAGUGGAGAGACUGCUCAAGAUUGAACAGAAACAGAAGUUGGAGAUUAAGAGACUCAAUGUGGAGUUGGACAGGACUAACAAGACCUGGGAGAUGAAGCUAGCCGUUAUGCAAAGAAAUUUCCACGCUCUGAGAGAUGAGUUCUAUGUGAGACACAGUCUCCAGAGACAAGCCACCUCUCUCCACCAUGCAGCAGUCGGAUACGCCAACCAUGGACAAAAGUCAAGACAAGCACUGCCAAACAUAAAAGUGGCUAAUUUCAGAGAAUCAGAAACAAGCUCUUGCUUCACAUCACAUGAAUCAGGGGUAGCUGGACACUCCCUCCUGGACACUCCCCCGGUACCCACACCCACCCCGACCCCUCGUCACAUCCCAGGACGGCAAAUGCAAGCCACACCUCCUAGAACAGUGCACUUUGACCCCCCAUUACAAACACACUGAUUGAACAUUUAAUUAUGAAAUUAAUUAUUGUUUCUAAGUGCACCCUUCAUGGUAUUGGUCGUCAUUUUCAUAAACAAAAAAUGUUAUGC